UUAAUAUUAAAAUUAGACCACUCGGGUUAUUCUUCUGACAGUUUCAGAAGCGGGUAUCGAAAAUACGCUUUAAAAAGGAAAAGUUGUAAGUAAAUUAAACACGACGAUUUACUUAUACGCAUAAGACACUCAACGAAUAAAGUAAAAAAAGGAGCAACUGUUGUGCAUGUAAUAGCACAUACAUACAUACACGCUCGCAACGGCAACGGCGCAUACGCAUACGACUCAACGAAUAGAGUGGAAAGGAGCAACGGCUGUGCACGUAAUAGCACACACAAGCUCACGACACCAACGGCGCAUACGCAUACGACAACGAAGCAGUGUAAAGGAAAACAACGACUAACGACUGUGCAACGGGAAAGCAUAUACGAGUGAACGACAUUCAGAAAACAAAGCAACAACGGAUAGAGGGAAAAAAAAGAACGAUUCGGGGAAUAGAAGUUGGACGGAAAAAAAAAGUAGUACGCAAAUUAUAAAAUAAUCUACGGGUGCCGGGGAAAUUAAAUAAAAUGAUGAAAUUAUCGAAUUUAACCGUGGCGCAACUAAACGUUUUAUUGCGAAAUAACGAAUUAGCAAUUAGUGGCAACAAGGCGCAUAAGGUAGCGGCCCUAAUGGAAUUUUUGGGGACAGAUGAAGUCGAGUUGCAGGAGGUUCCAUCCGUAGAGCCAUGGGAGCAGCCUUUCAACCAGCUGCAAGAGCUAGUGCUAAGUUUGGCGAAUUCGGUAAAAUCGAUCGAGAUAGCGCUAAAGCCAGCAACAAGAGCAAGUGAUAACGAUGAAGGUGAGGCAGAAAGAAUAGUAUUAGUAACGGAGGGUGGGGCAGGGGCUCCUGAACCCUCACCGCAACGAAGUCUACCAAUGCAACUGGUGCGUGCGACCAGUGUCCCUGAAGUAGUAGGCGUUCUCCCGGAAUUCGAUCCGUUGCGGAAAACUAUGACAGCGCAGCAGUUUGUAACAAAAGUGGAACAGUUACAACAAGUAUAUCGAUGGAAAAAUGAGACCGUACUACUUGCGGUUCAACAUAAAAUGAAGGGAAUUGCUAAGAAUUGGUUGGACGCUCAACCAGUAUUUGGUUCUUGGUCGGAUUUUGUGCGAAUGCUUCUACAGGAUUUUCCAUACACAGUGACGGCCGCAGAUAUUCAUCGUGAGUUAGCAGCACGCCGGCGUAAACCUAACGAGCCGCUCAUCGAAUAUUUUUACGAAAUGUUAACCAUUGGAAGGCGAGGCGGCGUAGAUGAGGAAUCGAUAAAUUCCUAUAUCAUCAACGGGUUGAACGACAGCGCGCUCACACGUACUCUGUUAGCAAUGAAUGUGCGGACAUGUAACGACUUAAGGCAAUCAAUCGAGAGUCUACGUGCAACGACUCAAGCGAGUGGACAACGCUUUGCUCAAAAUGUAACUUCAUCGGACGUCAGCCCCGUUUCGGCUGAAGAUAAAGGUAAGCGAGUAAAGUGUUACAACUGCAACGUGUACGGGCAUUACGCAGCCAAAUGCCCUCAGCCGCAAAAGAAGCUGCGGUGCAGCAAGUGUUCUAAGGUGGGACAUGAUGCAAAGAAGUGUACAGCAGCAGAUCCAAAGCAUACGGUUGCUAAGAUUGAAUGCAACGUAAGUACGCAGCAGAAGAGUCCACCCAUCGUUGAAGAAAUUGAAUGUGAAGGCGUAAAAUAUCAAGCGUUGGUGGACACGGGUAGCGAUCAUUCGCUCAUACGAACUACAGCAGCAAUAAAUAGCGAACAUAAGACGCCAACGUUCCAACGGCUACAAGGGUUUGGUGGCUCCGUAGUUGAGGUCACCCAAGUCAUCGACACGGCUAUAAAGUUGAAGGAUGAGGUUAUUAAGGCCAAGCUAUACGAGGUACCAGACAGCAUGUUGAAUUACGAUCUCUUGCUUGGAAGAGAUGUGCUGUGUGGUCACGAUCGACGAUUGAUCAUUGACGCAGGGUCAAUGAUGUUGCAGAUUAAGAACGCGCAACAGUUCAACGUUAACGAAGGUCUUCAAGAUGACGGAAAGCAAACCGUGUUUAAGCUGCUGACAGACUAUGACGAUUGUUUUUCGGAAGGUAUAUCCACGCUAGGCCGAUCGAAGACAACGACAAUGAGUAUUGAAGUCACUACUCCAAGUCCAAUAGUGGGUAGACGAUACCAGGUGCCAUUCGCAAAGCAGCAAGAGCUGUCAUCGAUUUUGAAGGAGCUGCUGGCCAACGAGGUUAUUCGACCUAGCACGUCACCGCACGCUGCAUCAGUAGUGCUAGUGACGAAGGCAAACGGGGAGAGCAGGAUGUGUGUGGAUUAUCGCGCGUUAAACGCGGUUACAAUACGUAAACAUUUUCCGAUGCCAGUGGUGGAGGAGCAGCUAUCUAAACUAAGCGGUGGUCGAUUCUUUACGACAUUAGAUAUGACCAGCGGGUACUACCAGAUACCGAUUAAGGAGGAGUGCAAGAAAUAUACGGCAUUCCUAACGCAUGAAGGUCUGUACGAACACAACGUGAUGCCCUUCGGACUAGUAAACGCACCGAUGAUAUUUCAAGAAAUGGUGGUAAAAAUGAUAUCAACGCUCAAGUCAAGGAACAAGGUGGUCAGCUAUGUAGACGAAGUAAUCAUAGCAACGUCGUCCUGCGAGGAAGGUAUUGCAGUAUUGGAAGAGGUCUUGGAUGCAGUGAGGAGGGAUGGUCUUACCCUGCGACCUUCAAAAUGCCAAUUCCUAUCCAAUGAGGUCAGGUUUCUGGGGCACGAAAUAUCGAGUUCGGGUAUCGCUCCAGGAGAAAUGAAGACGCAGUGCAUCAAGGAGUUCCCUAGGCCAACCAACGUCACCCAGGUAAGGCAAUUUUUGGGACUAACGGGAUUCUUCCGUAAAUUUGUAGGAAGAUACAGCCAGCUAGCUUGUCCGUUGACCAUGUUGUUAAAGAAAGACAUUAGUUUCCAAUGGGAGAAGCAACAGCAAGAAGCAUUUAUUAAACUGAAAGAGGCCAUAACGAGCAAACCUGUGCUGACUUUGUACGACCCUGGCAAACAGCACGAGGUUCACACCGACGCUAGUCAUGUGGGACUGUCAGGAAUUCUAUUCCAAUGCGAAAACGAAGGAGAAAAACCAGUUUUCUUCUAUAGCCGGCAAUGCAGUGUAGCAGAGACGCGAUUUCCAAGUCACGAGUUAGAAGUACUUGCAAUCGUCGAGGCGUUGACGCGCUUCCGCAUGUAUCUUCUAGGCAAGCCGUUCACCGUAGUGACUGAUUGUAACGCGAUUGUCACUACAAAAGCAAAGACUCCAUUACUGCCACGUAUAGCAAGAUGGUGGUUAAAACUCCAGGAGUUCGAUUUUAAGACGAAACACCGGCAAGGUCAUAAGAUGCAACACGUCGACGGGAUGAGCCGAGCACCGUGUUUACCACCCACCGAAUGUCAAACGGUAGCCGAACACGUAUUAGCAGUCACGACUGAAGGUAGCAGCGAUUGGGUGUUCGCGAUGCAGAUGCAAGACAAACAGCUACAAGAAAUAGUAUCAAUGUUAAUGUCCAGUUCAGCAUCAGCAAAGCAGAUUCAACACGACUACGAGUUACACAAAGGACGGCUAUAUAAGAUUUUUGGUUUCAUCGUAUGAGACGAUACGUGAAGAGUUACAUAGCAGCGUGUUUAGACUGUUGUGUGUACAAGACAAAAUGAGGGAAACCUGAGGGCCAGCUGCACUUGGCCGAAGUAAUACCGAUGCCGUUUAGAUCCGUGCACCUGGAUCACUUGGGACCAUUCCCCAAAAGCAAGAAGGGAAAUCAGCACAUCGUUGUCUUGAUAUGUUCUUUUUCCAAGUACGCGAUACUGAAAGCCGUGCGGAAUACAAAAUCCGCACCAGUAAUCUCAAUGUUACGAGAGGUUAUGUCUACGUUUGGUCAGCCGGUCCAGAUUACCACUGAUCGAGGAACAGCGUAUACAUCGAAAGAGUUUGAGACAUUCUUAGAAGCUCAUGG